AUGUUCGCCUCCGGGCACGGCGGCGCAAGCGUUUCCAAGGCUAUUACGGCCUUGGCCAUAGCAACCUUUCUGUUCGUCGUGCGGGUACAGGGGCACGAGCACCAUGCGGACAAGAUACCGGAGGGAGAAGCUGUCUCGGUAGACCCAAUUGACUCCAUAUUAUGGGUGCACAUUCUCGUACAGUCGGCAGCCUGGGGGGUGCUCUUCCCCACAGGCAUGGUGUUGGGGAUCAUCCGCUCCCGCUGGCACGUCCCCGUCCAAUCCGUCGCGGCCUCCCUAGCAAUCCUAGGCUACAUACUGGGCCACAAGCACAAAGGCCGGCAAUUCAGAUCCAACAUCCACGCCGCCUUCGCGCCCUCCCUCAUGCUCAUGCUCACCCUCCAAGUCGUCCUAGGCAUCUUCCUAAAACUCCACAUUGAGCGCGGGAUCCUGGGCCGCAUACGGAAGCCCAUCGUCACCUGCCACGGUGUCAUUGGGAAGCUGCUGCCAGUCGCGGCUUGGAUCCAGAUGCUCUUUGGCGGCAUAACGGCGCUCGGAUUCUGCCGCGGCGACCAUCUGGGGCAGUGUCUGGCGCACUUUAUUAUGGGCAGCGCGUUCAUUGGAUACGGCAUCGUUCUUACAAUACUUCUCCUGGUCGGCCAGCUGUGGCUGCGGAGGACCGGGCGGAGCCAGGAGUUCUUCGAUUCUCUGGUCAUUGCGGCGUGGGGCUGUGUCAACACGUUCACGGAGCAUAGGUGGGGCGGGCCGUGGGUGCACAACGACUUGCAGCACACGGCCAUGGGAAUUAUCUGGUGGGCCGCGGGAUUGGUGGGUAUCUGGCUCAGCAAGAAGCGUGACGGACAGCCGAAAAGAAACAUCAUACCCGGCAUGGUCAUUCUGCUUACGGGUUACGCGAUGUCGAGCCAUCCGCAAAACCUGCCGCUCAGCACGAUGGUGCAUACCGUGUUCGGAUACACGCUCAUGGGCGCGGGGCUAACAAGAAUCAUCGAGAUUGCGUUUGUGCUAAGGGACAAGAACGCGACGACAGAGGAUGGGAGCGAUCCGAACAGCUUCCAGUAUUUGCCGGUUUUUCUUCUCUACGCCUCCGGCUUCCUCUUCAUGGGCGCCACAGAAGAGCAAAUGGCGCUGCUCUCCGCCGCCGGGGUGACUCACGUUGCAUACGUCCUCAUUCUUUACAGCAUCGCCUUCCUCCUCUUCCUAUUCGUCAACAUGCUCCUCCACCUCUACGCAACACAUGCCUGGCCCGCGCCCACAAAGCCAGACGUCGAGUCGCCACCGCAGCAUCGGCGAUCCAGUUCAAUGCCAAACGGGCAGCCCCAUAGGCCGAACGGGCAUGUGGAGAGACAAAUCCGGGAUGCGGAGGAGUUUGAGCUUGAGGGGCUUAUGACUGAUGAUGAUGAGCCGGACGCGGCCGCUGCGAAAAGAAACGGGACUGCGCAAGCCAACAAUGACCUUCAAUUAGCAAUUAACAACUACUUCGGCGAUGAUGCAACCACAGAGGCAAACACUCAAGACUGGGUAGGCCCCCAAACGCAUCAGCAGUGGGAGGAGAGUCAGUUCUCGGGUGCUCGAGACGGCCAAAAUUCAGGAAAUGAUAUUCCAUCCUUUCAAAUCGAAUCCUACGACGGCAAUUCCUCUCGCGCCAUCAGUACCGCACCCACCCGACCUCCAUCAAGAGCCAGCCAACGUUCUACGCAGAUGACUGACGCGAACAUGCCAGGUACGGUCCCCACAGAGGCACCCGGAAAGAAACCUCUCAAAGUCAAAUUCAAGCUACCAUCAGGGCAAGCCACGCAGCAAGAGACUGGUGUCACCGGCACCUCGUCGACCACCUUCGGGCCGGCAAGGCUGGCCUAUUAUCCUGCUGACGCGUGGGCCAUGACCGUAGCACCCAGCAAUGAGGUUAGCGAUAGCACAGAGCCAGCGUCUAUGCGCAAACGCAGCCUGGAACCGGCAUUUCUAUCUUCGAAUGAAUACUCAAACGAACUACCCGCUCUGAUCACAAUCUUGCAUGCCAUUCCGGAGGUCCGUAACGCGUUUCUGUGCAGCGAUUUCGCCCUGCCAGACUACAGUAGAGACGCGGACUGGUGGAAGGGAUCUUCAGCCACUGAAGGUCGCAUCACGGAUUCUACGAGCACACAGGACCAAGAUACCGCAAGCCAAGAUACUUUUAUGGCCGAGCUUCAACGCCUCAUGGCCUUUCUUGAUAGCACCGAACGCAAGUCCGGUAGUGCUCAAUUGCUAAUGCAAAUUCCUGCUUUCGAAGAAUUCAUGAAAGAGGACUCCGUAUCCACGUUCCUCAAAGUAUGGUACGGCAUAUCACGUUCAAGAGGAUUCGCAGGGCAGCAGCUAUUCUGUUACAAUCGUACCAAAGUAGAACCUAAUUCCAUCCGCCGGAAGGUCCUGGAACAUGGCUUGGCCAUUGCUGUGAGCAUCGAAGAUGUCGACGCGAGCUUCGAAGAUAUUCUUGAGAAGGAAGUGUAUCCUCCAGACGAGAAAGCUGCAGAGCUCGGCUUCGAAGAAUUCCCAGAAGUCUUCGUCGUUCGACUUACGAAUGCUGUACGGGUCAGCAUACCGGCCUUGCUCAAUGUCGCUCCGUACUUGACACGAAAUACGGGUGUAAUCACAUCCUUGCGGGAAAGCGAGGCAGAAUCAGAGGCCGAGCUCGCUCGUAUUGAUCGCAAGAUGGACAAGGUCGGGAAGAUCACGUACAAAGGCGUAACCGGAGAGGCGCUGGUAUUUAUCCAAAGAGUGAUGACCGCAUUUGAGGAUCCGGUUCAACCGACUGCUGAGGGCAACCAUAUAUCUACAAUCUCUAUGCCGAAACAUGAUGAGAAGGUCGAGCCAAACGGAUUGGAGCGGCCUUCGGACACCGAGAAAGCCAACGCACUAGCUCUCCGCCAACUUCAAGCAGUCUACGAACGCGUCAAAGCCGAGCUCGAUGCACUCGAGAAACAGAAAACCGAAAUACGUGAAUCCAUCGCACGUCAACGCGCCGAACUCCGGGAUCCCACUCCCCAAGGCGACAACCAAGCCCCUCCCUGGACCCUCCGUGGCAUUUCUCUCAACGGUCGCGUGACUUAUGUACUACAGCCGCCCCCAAACCCUACUACAGCCGACACCGACGGGACCGUUUUCGCAUUUCAAGACCCCACAUGGUGGAGGCUGGAGGAGAGGGUCGCAGCCGUGGCCCUCGAAGAAGCAGAAGUCCUGGAGCAAGUAACGCGGGAUAGCAACGGCGAAGUCAUGCUCGUGUACGCCAGCCCUUCCACGCUCAAGCCAGCAGCCAAGGGUCUGUCAAAGGAGCUCGCGGCGUUCGUGAAGCAAGAUAAUGAGUUCUUCUAUGAGGAGCUCGCUCAGGAGACGCAGCAGGAAGAGCAGCGGAACGCGGGUGGGACCGAGGAGGACGACGUGAGUAAGGGUUGGGACUCAGGAGGCCCUCCGCCUUACAACUCGUGGGAGGAAGACAACAACGUGGAAGAGAUUCCGCUGGAUGACUUUCCGCAUGCCGUACCUGAGGCUGAUAGGGCGAGUUCAGUGACCCUGUCGGAUGGGGCACAGACGACAGCGCCAGCGAUGGAGAUGACGGAGAAGAACCGGAACUCUGGCUUGAUGGCCCAGUUAAGUUCCGCGAGGUCCGGUGGUAGUGGCGGUGCGGAGACGGUUAUGGGGGAUGGUGGGGAGAUGGAAGUGGGUGUUGAGCGGAGGGGGAAUGCUGAGCAUAGAGAGUUUGCUUAG